AGACCGAGCGGACGUAUAAAAUUCUAAGCGCUAUCCUCGUCGCGUAAUAAAAUAAUGUUCGUAUAGUUAUCGUGUAACUAAAAAAUACUAAAAGUAAAACUAAAAAUUUGUUUGAUUUGUUGUGUAAAAGUGUCAGUUUUAACAACAAGAUUUAGACAGCUUCUCAAUCAUCUGAUAUAGUCUAAGAAAAAAGGUACAGUGAGUAGUGCAAGUGAGUUAGUGAUGAGUGCCAAGUGAGUGUGUCAGUGAGUGAUGGAGGCUACUCCGCUGCCGCUGGAGGUGGACGAGGAGGGCCGUCCUCCGCAGGGCUCCUCCACUGGAAGUGGUUCAUCUUCUGGGACUGGAUACUAUGCUCAUAAGAACGGUGAAUGGCGAGGGGAAAGAAGGAUGCUGGACAUCACUAGAGAUAAGCCGGUCAAAGUGUGCGUCCGAGUUGUGGUGCCUGUCCGGGAUCAUCCAAAAUUCAAUUUCGUGGGCAAACUGCUAGGACCAAAAGGCAACUCCUUGAAGAGGUUACAAGAAGACACCAUGUGCAAGAUGGCCGUCUUAGGACGAGGGUCCAUGAAAGAUCGACAGAAGGAGGAAGAGCUCCGUGUAUCCGGAGACCCGAAGUUCGCGCAUCUGUCAGAUGAACUGCACGUGGAGAUCAGCGCGUUCGCGACGCCCGCUGAGGCGCACGCGAGGAUCGCGUACGCGCUUGCUGAACUCAGGCGGUUUCUAGUGCCGGACUACAACGAUGACAUCAGACAGGAACAGAUGCUGGAGAUGCAGAUCCUGUCCUCUCAGAGCGAGCAGCGUCGACUCACUCCUCCGGAGUCCUCCCGGAGCGGCAGUGAGGAGGCUCUCCCUCUUAGAGAUACUACGCAUAAACAGAGAUUGUCAGGAGUACCACCAUCACCAGCGCCCGCCACCCUGCCGGGUGGUAUCGCCAUCAACCACGGCGCGAAUGCUCGAGACUUCUCCCCGCCGGCGCCCACUCCGGCUCCUGAUCAUCUUUCUGCUGCCCAUCAUCAGCUGGCAGCCGGUCACACAGGUCACGGAGUCCUGGUCGGAGGGGGGGUGCUGCAACAACCCCCAACUCACCACCUGCUCACACAGAACUCUAUACUCGGUGGCGGGGAUAUCUUGGGGCUGAGCAGCCCAGUGCUGGGCGGUGUGCUCCAUGCUCACCCGGCUCUGAGGGGGGUGAAGCCUGCUGCAGUCCACGCUCUCGCCACGCAAGGUGCGGCUGGGCCGGGGGCUGCGAGUACGGCCCGCAAGCGGCCCCUGCUGGGCGGCACCCGGGCCGCAAUGUCGCCGACUAAACGCGCCGUGAUGACCCUGUUAGCGCGCGCUAGGGCCGCCACACACAAACAUGCGCCUGCGUGGCCCGCGCCUCAUGAGCACACAACCCUACUACCAAUUAUAAGGGACGAGUUCGUUACAGGCGUUGGUCUCAAUAUCAACCUAGCAUAAUUGUAUCUAGUCAAAAGAUAACCUAGACUCUACUCUAGUCGAAUCAAUAAAUCGAAUUAAUUUUAAGAUGAAUAAUUUAUUCGUACCUGCUUUGUGACAAAUAUGUAUAUUGUUUUGUUUAUAAAUAUAUGUUUUUUGUAUAAAGUGUUCUUACAGAUUAAAUGUGUUAAGGUAUUAAGAUGAUUCCUGUCGAGUGUCAAAUUUUGUACUGAUUUGUUUGAAAAUUUACUUUUUGCUGUCGUUUGGGCCUAAUAUAAAUAUGUCAACUGUAUAUUACUGUGGAAUUACUACUAAGCACUUUGGUAAACAGUAAGCCGAGACUUCAACGAGGCUUCUGAAAAUAAAAUUAUUGACACGGAGAACGUAAGCAUAAAGCACUUCUGAAAGGACUACUGCUUCUGAGAUCCAUAUUUUAUUUUGCCGCCUUCAUUGGUUAAAAAUCUUGGCAGAAAAAAAAGUAUUCUAUUUAUGUAUUUAAAAUUUUGACACUCGACUUACAUAUUUUUCGCUCACUGUGCAAGAUAAAAGGGUGUGAUUAUUUUCCUAGAUUAUAAUUAAAAUAAAAUAAAAAACUGCAGUCAAAGUUGGAAUAAGUACUGAUUUCGUUACCUAAGGAGCGAUGACGAACUUUGAUGACGAAAAUCAAACUCAUUUAGAACACAAGAAUUCUGACUAAUGACUGUUCGUCAUGAAUAUUAUAUGCAAUGUUAGGUUUUGUUUUAAAUAUGUAAUAAUUAUAGUUAUAAAAUAAAGAUAUUAUAAAUAUUAUUUUAGAAAAAUAUGGUGUUCUAUGAGAAGAAGGAUAAUUAAUAUAAGUCUUUAAUAACAAUGGAAUCGCAAGAAAAGAUAUGGGUUCAGCAAGAUAAAUCAGCCAAUAAGGGUUACAAUAACAGAAUUUUGGCAUGAUCCCAAAAUCAAAAAUUCUUCAAAAUAUGAGGCAGUAUUUUGUAUUCUUAAAAAAAAAUACACGCAAUGUUUCCAUUCCCGAUGAGUUAUUGAAAAUCUUACACUGUACCUCUCUUUCAGUCGCAGACGGUCAAAUCCUUUCCAUUACGCUAUGACUUAUGUCACAGAGUCAUAAAGGUGCAUUUUCAAAGCUACCUGCCAACUGCAACUGCCAACCGCACUUGCAGCAACUGCAUGAUAUCGGUCGAUAUCUGAGGGCGACUGCACGUGCUGAUGUUGCUUCGAUCCAAACGGUUUAAUGCAAAAAAUACAUACAAACCAGUAGUGCAGCUGGGCCGAUUUCAUGCAGUCGCGGCUCGUGCGGUCGGCAGUUGCAGUCGGCAGUUAGCAUUAAAAACAAAUCUUUAGCGGCGCAGUAUACCUUUUUGGAAUAUUAUGACCACGUCGACCGUUUAUUACAAAAAAAAACUGAAUAAGUAUACCAGCGUUUUCUGAUUCUAUUUUUUUAAAACCCCAUAAAGUAGGGCUUUUAGAUAUUAAUUAACGGACCACUGUGUAUUUAAAUCCUAUGCCUUGUAGGGGAGUAUUGUACAUAGAGAAUAUAUCACUAUACUAUGUAGGUUUAAGCUAAAUUCUAGCAGACGACGAUUUAAUUAUAUUUCAGAUAUAUAAAACUUGAAAAAAAUAUAUACGUCACGGUUUUAAUUUCUAUUACAAUCUGUCAAUUCGUUAUCCAUUAAUAGGUAUAAUUUAUGCAAUUUUUCCAUUUAAAACAAUUGAAUACAUUUUAUUAUUACCUACACACACAGUUAACAGUUCAAUAUAUUAUGUUAUUUAUUACGCACACAUAUCUUCAUACGUGCAUGCACUCAUUUUAUUUUUACGAAAAUUAAAAUAACACACCCAAUACAUCAAAAGUUGGAAUUUCACUUAAUUUUAAGGCCGUAAUUAAAAAUAAAUGAACGAAUGAACCACUCAAACGUGCGAUCAAUUAUCUGUUUCCAUAAUAAUUGUAAAGGAGAAUAAUUUAUUGAAAUGACAAUUUGCAUUCCAAAUUAUGUUUUUUUUUUAUAUUUUUAAAUUAUAAUUAAAAUUGUCAGAAUGAGAAAUAUUCGAUUGUUUUUGAUUAGUUCGAAUUAGGCAGAUUGUAAUAUAAAAUAAAACCGUUGAAUAAUCAUAAUUUUAUAUUAAUAGUUUGAUAAUUAAUAUCACAGUAUGGUAAUAGACAAAAACUGAUUCAUAGCACACUGCACAUCAUUUGAAUAUUCUAAUUUAUCGAAUUACAGUAUUAAAAAUAAAAAUAUAUCUGGCACACAGAUUAUUAAGCACACAUUUUUACCAAUAGAAACUUCGAAAUUUUAAUAAAAAAUCAUUGAAAAUUAAGGUUUUAAAAUUUAACGUUUCUUGUCAUCAUAACUUCAAAAGACAUGUAGUGUUUUAAAAAAUAAUUUUAAAUUGUAGAAAAUAAUACUAAAUUAUAUGAAUAAUUAUAGUAAAAUUAAAUAACGAUCGAUAAAGGCGACGUCUACGUGCAGUUCAAAUCGUUACGAUAAAAAUAAGUUGCUAAAUUAAAUAUUUGAAAAUGGCGGACAAAACAAAAUGAAAUUACCAAACAACAUGUAAUUUUGAAAUUAUAUAAGAUUUAUUCACACUUUUAUCUUAUUUUAUAAUUCGAAUAGAAUUAUAUAAUUUUGACAGAAAAAAAUACACAAGUCAUUUUCAAAUAUUUGUAAGUAAAAUUAAUAUUUAAAUGAGUGUCAAAUAAUUUUAAACUUAACGUAUCUAAGAUUAAAUUCUAAGCAUAAAUAAUAAAAUAACAAUGUAGUAUUAAUAUAAAUAAAUGUAAAUAAGUACUUAUUAUGUUUAAUCGCUUAUAAAUCUCGUCUGUGUUUUGUGAUAUAAUAGGUAGUUAGUAAAAUUCACGUUUUUUGAAAAUAAAUUAUCAAUAUUAUAGAUAAUAUCGGCUGAAAAUGUUUUAUUUCAUGCUUGUAUGUUAUGUGAAUAUGUAUAAAUAUAUUUAAUUAUUUUUUAUGUCAAAUUAAUUCUCGGAAAUAGUUUAAUUAUUAUUCUUCCGGUAUGAAAUAUUUUUAAAGCCCGUGGUUGAUGUGUUAUUGUAUGUUAUAUUUAUUUAAAUAUUUAAUACAUGUGUAUUGAGUUAUUUAUAGUUGUUAUACAUAUUAAUACAUAUUUAAUAAAUAAUUACAAAGAAAGUUUUUGAUUGUUUUUCAGUUUUUUUUUUGUAUAAAGUAAUUUAAAAUGAUGUAAAAAAUGGAGUAUUUGUUUUAAAUCACGCGCUUCAUCAUUUAAGACUUUGUUUAAAAAAAAAAAGAUAAUUUAAAUUAAGUCUUCCAUUAAAUUCUGCAAAACAUAUUCAUUUGGUUAAGAGUUCAUAUUCCUUGUUAUUGUUUAAUAGGCAAUGGUGAUUAAUUGACGAAUCUCUGAUGAUCAGAAUAUACUUAACUUUGACUGUAAACGAAAUUUCUCUCCGUUUAAGGUCAUACACAGUCGUUCUACGUCAAACUUUGCAAUGGUGGUGCUCACACAUCACCAUCUGCUGAGCCUUUUCCCAACUAUGUUGGGGUCGGCUUCUAGUCUAACCGGAUGCAGUUGAGUACCAGUAUUUAACAAGGAGCAACUGAUUAUCUGACCUUCUCAACUCAAUUAGCCGGGCCCAAUACCCCUUGGUAAGAUUGGUUGUCAAAGUAUCUGACCUUACUACCCGUAACGACUACCAUAGAUGUUCAAAAUAACAGCUGGUGGUGUUUAUACAAUUUUACCAUAUAGGGUCAAUUAAUGAUCAUUGCCUUUGUAUAUUGUUUAAUUGCUUCCAAGUGUGCACUGAAAAUGAGUAGUAACAAAUAAAUAUGAUCAUAGAA